AUGUUAACCUAUUUAGGACGUUAUAGUGUAGCACUGGAUGACACUCAUUUGGAGGUGAUCCUAAAUGAGCACACGAAUCCGCCGCCAAGCAGUCGAAAUGCUGAAAGCAGUGUUGUCCGCAUGGAAAUUCAUUCUGAUUGCAGCCAUCAGUCCGAAGUUCGAUCACCCAGUGGACGAGGAUUUUUUUGCCCGCAGUGCGGAGCUCGUUAUUGCAGCUUGCCGGUGGAAUGUCGUAUAUGCAAGCUGAUCCUGAUCUCAGCGCCCCAGCUUGCACGCUCAUUGCAUAAUCUACUUCCCCUUCCAGCGUUUCAAGAAAUCGACACAACCGAUGGGUUGGCUUUUUUUUGCGCUUUGGUUAUCUGUGAGAUUAACUUUCCUGUGUGA